UUUUGCUUAACAACACUCAACUUGCGGACAUUAAAAGCUGACGGAAGUUUUGAAGAUGCAGAUCAGGUCAAUGAGUUCAUUACCAUGAGUUUUAGCUCAAGUCAUCCUUAUGAUUUAAGACAAACAAUCCCCGGUGAACCAGAAAUCGAUUAUCCAAUUUACAGUGCAGUUCCAAGAACAAAUUUCGAUUGUAAUGGCCGUCACGAAGGUUAUUAUGCUGAUACAGAAGCUAGAUGCCAAGUUUUUCGUAUCUGUGCAAACACGGAUCUCGUUGGGAAAGGUUUUGCAUUCCUUUGUCCAAACGGAACUCUAUUCAGUCAAAAAAAUUUUGUGUGUGACUGGUAUAGAAAUGUGGAUUGUAAUGAUAGUGAACGGUAUUAUAGUAAAAACGAUAACAAUCGAAUUGGUACUAAAACUGAUAUGAUGAAAACCGUCCGCCAGAUGAUGGAACAUCCUAUGAAAACGAUAAGCAUAGCUUUGAAUCGUGGCAAGUCUACGACUCUUCAGCCUACAACACGCAAAAACAUUGCAACGAAACCAACAAAGCCAUCGAAAAACUUCCAAACAAGUUCCUCCCCAGCCAUCAGCAUAAUACCAACACAAGACACUCUUAUUUUGGAAAAUCAAUCAAUAGAUCUAAAUGAGGAUGAACGUGCGUUCGGUUUCUUUUCCCCAUUGCCAAUCAACGAACAAAAAGAAAUAUCAACAACGACUUCAGUGGCUGGAUUAAAACCCAUAAAUUUUUCCGCAUUACCCAUAACUCCUCCCUCACCAACAUUUAGCCCACCGUUUGAAACUCCCAUAUCAGAACUUGUAGAAAGUCCAUUGUCUUCGGAAAAUAUUUCUUAUGAUACCUAUUCUUCUGUAACACCAACUGGAUUACUUUUACCGCCCACCGAUGACAGUGCUAGUGGCAGAGAAGUCUACAUCUCGAGUCUUGGAGAACUCUCAACUGAUCCUGGGGCAAAUUUCAACCGACAAACUUCUCGAGUAAUAGCUGAGUCGUCUUCAAAUGCACUUGACAAACCAUUUCAAGCAAGUGGAAUGAACUUUGCUGAGAAGGUGAAUGCUGGCUUAAAUGGAUUACAAGUUUUAGAUCAAGAUGAGAUUAUAGCUCCGGAAUAUGUAAAGAAUAUGAUGCAAGGCAAUGUUGAUGAUGCUGCAGACGAAAUUGUUCAACCAGUUUCAUUUAAUUUCGCUUCAAACAUCAAUAGCUUAUUGGACGAAAUUAAUUACGAAGCUCAAUUGGAAGGUCAAAAUUCGUUACAAUUUCAGCAAAGGACACUACAAAAACCAGAAAGUUCAGUCACCAAAAAGCCAUUUAGAUUUCUAAGCCGUGGUUUUACGCAUGACAAAUCCAAGGAAAAUCGUUCGUAUAGUCGUAGACCAACAGCAUCUCCAAGGAGAACAUCCAGCACAGAGCAGCAUUCUACUUCCACUCAAUCAUACAGUAAUUCAUUGAUCACGACAUUAUUAACCUCUACUCAAUCACCAGAAACAACAACAGAAAAGUUUCAGAUUUUAGCUUUAGACAAUGCUCCAGAAAACUUAGAAAUUGAAUCUUCUAGUGAUUUAAUAACAAAAUCAGAAGCUGAAUUAUCAAUUGAAGCAAAUCCAAAAAUCUCAGAAGUAAAUGAUAAAUCAAGUACUUCAGAAACUUUAGAAAACGCCAAAUCACCCAAAUCGCCAGUUGUAAAUAAGCUUGAGUCUGAUUUGGAACCAAAAUUAGAAUCCAAACCAGCUAUUAAAAGAGAACCAAAAGAAAUAAUUCAAUUGGAUUCACUUGACUCCCUGAAGGAGCUAUCUCAAGAAACUACUGAAGAAGACAAAGUUAAUGCAAAUAAGAGAGCAGAAGAUUUACUUCUUGCUGGAGUCAAACAAAUUACAGUGAACGAGUCUGACGAAAAAAAUAAAACUGCUCAAGAGGAAACUACACCCAUUGUCCCAAUUUAUAAUAGGUCCAAAGCAGUUAAAAGUUCAACACCGCAUAUAACUUCAUCGUCUACUACAUCCAUGAUAUCAACAACUACUACCUCAACUACAGUGCCAACGACUGUUUCCAGUUCCACAACUGAUGUUAAUCCUGACACUUCACCAUCAACGACUUCAACAGCGCUUACAACAACACCCGAGUCCACAACUAGUCCAGCAGUUUCAGUUCGAAGAUUCACAGUGGAAAGUGGCAAGCGACGACAAACCGCAAGGCCUAUUUCUUACUCUAGAAGGAAUAACUUGCAGAGAUCUGGUCAAAGAAACACUUCAACAACUAUAAAACCAAGUACUACAGCUGCACCGACUUACAGAGGCAGAUUAGCUGGCAGAACCACUUCCACAACAAGUGCCUCGAUCACAACAAAGGUCACAGCAUCUCCACGAAGACGCCUUAAUGUAAGCCGAUACACUUACGGAUCUCGCAGACGAACUACUGAAUCAUCAAGUUCCACUUCUUCUUCAACAACAACAACAACCGCAGCUCCUCCCAGCAACACAUUAAAUUCUCCAAAUUCUGACUCUGCAUUGUCAGAUCUAACCAGCGCUGCAAGUACAUAUAAUGGUAUACCAAAUCGUUCCUACAACUCUAUUAGACAGAGUUCUAAUAAAUACGUUCAAACUAAACGGCGCCUUCCCAGUCAUAAGAAUAUUACUUCGCAAGUCACAAUCACAACCACAAAACCGUCAGUUCGAACUUCCACCACGCAACAGCCCACCAGAAGUUCUCCCUCAUUACCAAUACCUACUCUAGCUCCAUUUUCAUAUCAUGAUGCUAUAUCUCCCAUGUCUACUUCAUCAACUACGCCGGAACCUUUACCGGCUACAUUUCUUUCAUUUCAUGAUCUUACCAAAUCUAUAACUGACGAUUCAAUUUUACAGAACUUGAGAAAAAAUCAAGCCGUCAACAGACCACUGACUGAUUCAGGAGCUUUUAUGAGCCAACAACAGGCUUUGCCCAGGCCACAAAUUCCCUUCUCGAAUCAACCAACAAUUAAACAAGAGUACUCAACAACCAGACCAGCCCAACUUUCAGUUCCAACUAGUCUACCAUUCAUACCACUGAAAGAUUUUAUUGCUAGCAAAUUUGGAUCACAAUACAGUCCAGAACCACCCAAACUAUCAACAAAUAGGCCUACAUUUAUAACUCAACCUAGUCCUGUACAAUAUACAAUACGUAAUCCUUUAAAUCAAAAUGUUUUUCAACAACAAUCCCAAAUAAGUGCGCAACAACAAGUAAAACAGCAACAACAACAGCAACUCCUGCAACAACAGCUACAACAACAACAGCAACAACGACAACAGCAACAACAACAGCAGCAAUUGUACCAAGACCAACAACACCAUCAACAACAGCAACAACAACAGCAACGACAACAGCAGCAACAACAACAGCAAUUGUAUCAGGAGCAACAACUUAGAUUGCAACAGCAACAACAAAAACUUCAACAACUGAAACAACAACAAAACCACCUGCAGCAACAAUAUCAACUUCAGCAGCAAAAGCAACAACAACAACAGCAAUACUUCUAUCAGCAACAAAUGUUCCCCGCCCAGAAAUUCAACCAAAUACAACAAUCUGUUCCUCUCCUGGAACAGCAACAUCAGAAAAUUCCAAAUCAACAACAUUCGAAUAAAGUCCAUCAAGUUUCAACAAAAAUUAUUCCAUCCAUUGAACAACCAUUCCAAAUUCAACAGAAUCAACAACCCCUGCCACAACAUCAUCAUCAACGCCAACAACCACAAAUUCAGAUCAUCCCCUCUCAGAUGACUGUUUCUCAUAUGAUCCUCCCUCAAAAACCAAACAUUAAUUUAGGCUCGAAUGUAAAAUCCGAAGUUGGGUCUAUCAACGUCCGAUUACCAAGUAAUCUGGCAGGCUUGAUUCCAAAUACGAAUAUUUUCGAAUUGAGUCGAAACAGCAACUCACUUGAAAGUGCCCAGAGACGAAGUGAUCAAGCUUCCGACGAUGAAUUUGGUGCCCGAGAAAGGAAGUCUGUUUUUGCGGGUGUUAGUUCAUAUGAUGUGCCAUUAAGUAGCGUUGGUCGUCUGACCAAUGAUAUUACCAAUUUUCUACGAAGACUUUAAAAUAAAAUUGAAUUUAAAAAAAGAAAAAAAGCUUAACAUUAAUUAAAUUAAAACGAAAUAAUUUAAGAGAGAUUUGCAAAAGAAUAAAUUAACCGAGAGUCUUGUCAUGUCAAAUUGUUAUUCCUGUUCACUUGUGAAUUUAUAUAUUUUUAAGAAAUAAAUUAUGUUUGCAUAAGGAAACACUAUUUAAUAUUAUUUAUUAAAUAAAUAUUAU